AUGAUUGGAGGUGGUGUAGGUGUUGAUGUUGAUGGUACAGCAUCUAAACCAGACAUUGACAUGACAGGACCAGAAAUAUCAGGUGACAUAGACGGCCCAGAUGCUGAUGUGAAGGGUGGUGCUGGCAUUGGUGUUGGAGUUUCUGGUGGCACUGACCUCCCAAAGGAGGUACAGAUGUGGAUGUCCAAAGUGUUUGGUCCUGACAUAGAUGUGGAUGUCAGUGGGGGAGCAGGAGGAAAGGUGGAGCUGCCUGAAGGAGAUGGCUCAAUUUCUGUUGAAGGGCCAAAGAUUGGAGGUGGUGUUGGUGUCGAGGUUGAUGGUAAAGCAUCUAAACCAGACAUGGACCUGUCAGGUAAAGGUCCAGAUGCAUCUUUUGGAGGAAGUGUUGAUGCCCCUGACGUGGAUGUCAAUUUGUCUGUUGGGGGCAAGAAAAAAAGUCCAAAAAAGAAAGCAGGUGGAGGAUUUCACUUGCCCUCAUUUGGCUUUGGCUUUAAAGGAAAGGGAGAUGGAACCAGCAGCUCAAGCGAUUCUGAAUCAGAUGAUGGCAAGGCAGGCUUUGGCCUGAAAGGUGGUAUCAAAGGCCCAAAAGUGAAAGGAGGUGUUGGUGCAAAACUGAAAGGACCAGAUAUAUCAGGUGACAUUGACGGCCCAGAUGCUGAUGUGAAGGUUGGUGCUGACAUAGGUAUUGGAGUCUCUGGUGGCAUUGAUCUCCCCAAAGGAGAUGCAGAUGUGGAUAUGAAGCUACCGAAGGGCUCAAUUGGUAUUGAAGGACCAGAUCUUGGAGGAGUGACAAAGGCUUUAGAUGUUGAUGUUAAGGCUUCGAAACCUGAAGGUAAUGUUUCAGUUGAUCUGCCGAGUGGUAAAAUGUUUGUCGAUAGCCCUGAUGCAUCUGUUGAUACUGAAAUUGAUGGUGCAAUUGGAUUUGACGGAAAGGGUAAGGAUCCGGAAAAAAGAAAAGGGGGUUUCACAUGCCAUCGUUUGGAUUACCAAAGAUGA